AUGUCGAACCUUCAGUCUUUCGUUAACAAGACAGUCACAAUCCUCACCUCUGAUGGCCGUACUUUAACCGGCAAGCUUCUAGGCCACGACCAAACUACAAACCUAAUCCUCUCCCAUACAAUCGAACGUAUCUUCAGCCCCGCGUCCGCAGGUCCAGACGAACCAACCCAGCAGGUGGAGCACGGGCUGUAUCUUAUCCGCGGAGACAAUGUGGCUGUCUGUGGGCUUGUGGACGAUGAGCUGGACUCGGGAAUUGAUUGGGCACUGGUUAGAGCCGAGCCUUUGGGUGGAAUGAAGCACUCGUGA